AUGCAAGUCUAUGCCGAGAGGGCCAAUCGUGGUGCCAAGAACGAUACAGUGUCGGAGAGGGAGGCCGUCACACGCACCUUCGUUCCUCUAAACAAGAGCGAUACCAUCAUGGGCAUUAGCUUGCUCGGCUCCAGCAAGUCGCGGGAUCAUCCUGGAGCCGGAGGCAGCUUCUUUCUCGUGCCAGAGGCAGCUCCGAGGUGUUCUCUCCUUCGCCCAGGGUUAAAGUUCCUAGUGGCGGAUGUCGGUGGAAUCAUUGAUAUCAUCGUGCAUGAGAAGGAGAGCGCGCAGGAUUGGAUCAUUCACAAGGUCCAUGAAGCUUGUGCUAGCUCCGGUGCACUUGGAGGUGGGACUUACGUCGACUCCAACUUUCUGGAGUUUCUCAGGAAGAAGAUCGGCUGCUUCGACACUUUCAAGCAGCAGGAGCCGGAUGUGGUGCACAGGAUCUUGAGCUGGUGGCUCGGACCCAAGGGCAAGUGCACGUUCGACGGAAGCGGCUCCAAGUUUUUGGAAAUCCCUGCAAAGUUGUCCAAGGCAUGGAAGAAGCACGACAAGGCGGAGCUGGGAUUCCCAGAGAGCGGUGACUACUACGACGAGAUCGAGAUCAGCUGCGAGCAGAUGAAGGCGAUCUUUGACACCGAAGUCGACAAGACCAUCAAGCUGAUCGACGAGAAACUUCGCAAAGUUGACAACGUCAAGUACAUCCUUCUGUGUGCCGGGGCGCAGUGGCUCUUGGAGUUGGAACAGGCGUGGUUCUCUCCAGGAUCUCCAAAAACUCUUUAUGGCAUUGCGACGAGUCGCUAUGCACGGUGGGACGAUCCACCAGCAUCCAAGUUUAUCGACAACUAUGGAAUCGAGAGAUGCAGCGUCUUUAGCCUCUACGUCAAGAAGGACGAGUCAGUCUCGGAGAACCAGGAGAUCACGCACUCGUUCUUUCCCAUAUACACUGACCAGAAAGCCUUGAGGAUCGACUUACUCAUCUCGAGCAGCAGCACGAUCGACAAAGGCUGUGCCAUGCUCGACAGCUACAGCAUGGACAUAAAUGAGGAUCUAGAGCUGGGGACGAGUCGCCAGGUGGCCGUGACAAUGUACUUUGGACGGAGCAACAUCGAGGUGUCUGCACAGCGCGUCAACUUUGGGAGGAACCGUGGGCUUGAGAGGCUCUACUCGGUGGAAUUUGAUGCGGCUCAAACUUAUGUCAACAAGUAG